UAUAAAACAUGAUUUGGGUAUCCUGCAAGAUGUUAUGGAUAACAAUAAUAUUAGUAUUGAAUCAUUAUUUUACGAACUUUCACCAACAUCGUCGUGCGCCAAAUUGAUAGAACGUUGUAUGUGGAAGUCGAAGAUAUAUCGUUGCGAACAAUUAUUCCAGCAAAUAAAAACCGGCUUCAAUAUAUGUUGUACAUUUAAUUAUUUUGCAAUUAAAACAGCAGAGGGAAAGCGCAAUGCCGAUCUAAUUUACAUGCCUACACCACGUCGAGUCGCGUCUUGUGGGUAUGAGACAGCUUUGACAGUUCUGAUUAGAACAGAAAUCGAUGAUUAUUACAGUACAAACUUGGCAACGACUGGAACCCUGGUUUUUAUCGACAACGCCUACAAUGUGCCUGAUUUCGAUUCAACGUUACGUCUAGUAAAUCCUAUGACAGAAGUAUUACUGGCGCUAUCACCUGAGCGCACUUAUACAACACCAGGCUUAAAGUCAUUCACUAUUGAGGAAAGGCAAUGUUAUUAUAAUGAUGAGGUAAAAGUUGGCGAUUUCGAACAGUAUUCGUUUCAUAACUGCAGAGCAUAUGAAUAUAUAAAAAUAAUAAAAAGUAUUUGUCAGUGCAUACCUUACUAUUUUCCUAUACAAAACAAAGAAUUUGUCCGACCUUGUAAUUUUAAAGACAUGCAAUGUCUCGAAAGUGUUGUAGUACCACUACAAGACGUGACCGUCCGCGAUAAAAUUUUAAAAGACUUCACUAAAUGUUUGCCGGAAUGCGAGCAUUUUGAUUACCCACUGGAAGUGGCAUUUGGUCAGUUGGCAAUGAACUUGCCGUUAAAUAGACUACCUUUGCUACAUCAUGUUAAUUUGGAGAAUCGAUCUUUGUUGAAUGUGUUUUUCAAUGAUUUAGUAUCUACAAGGUAUCGUCGCGACGUUUAUUUAAAUUGGCAAAAUAUACUUGCUUCCUUUGGCGGGUUGUUAAGUCUGAUGCUUGGCUUUACUUUAAUAUCAGGCUUCGACUUUAUAUUAUUUUUUACAUUUCGUAUGUUCUACAAUACAUCAAAUCGAGUGGAACCGGACAAAGAUAGUUACAGAUACAAACAGGCAAAGAGUAACCUUUUAUAUGUGACGGAAGCUAAAAAACAAAUUAUGGCAAAUAGAAAUAAUAAAGAAAUUUACAACUGGCUUGAAGACGUACAUAAGGCAGAAAAGUAUUAAGACUACAUAGGAUAGUUAUCACUGAAUACCUUAAUAUUGAUAUCCCUUUAAUUAUUUGAAAGCAAAUUGAAAUAGUAGUAUGUUUUUGUACUUGUGUUUGGGCAGUGAAAACGCACAUUUUGUACGACUUCGUAAUGUCAACAUAAUUUUGAUAUCUUCUAUUGAUAUGUUUAGUUUCACUGAAAAUAUGGAUGUUCGUUGAGUUUAUAAACAUUUUAGUCGUGUCUUCAUGUGGAAAUAAUGUUGUUAAAAGUUUUCACUUCUGCAUUCGACGUUUGUUAAAAGUUUAGUAACUUUGUAUAUUUAGUUAAAGAUAGUUGUUUGUUAUGCGAGUGUUUAUUCUAAAGGUUCACCUUGACUUUAGUAUAAAUGCAAUG